ACUCUUCCGGCAGAAAACAGACGUCUUCGUCUGCCUGUCCAAUAACGACGUCGAUGAUCGAAUACCUGGAGCCAGGCCAAUUUAACAGCUCUGGUGCAAUGGCGCAGGUUCCAGUCGCCAGGGUCAAUGGAGAGCCACUAAACUCGGUUAGGCCAACCGCGCGCUGCUAAGUCUUCCGUCGUUCCUCCGCUGCCUCCCGGGGCCUGAUCGCUUCGCUCCCCGCAUCGAUUUCCCCCCAGUUAACCUUUUCCAGGGGCGUGUGGCUUUGAUAUUAGGUUCCUAAGCACGCGAACACAUUUUCCAUCACUUGUUUCUUUCCCGUCCAUACCUACACCUUUCCCUACCAGCCGCUCUGCAGGGAGCACAUGCAUACUUCUUUGCUGUAUCGCCGCGCCUACCAUUCCUCGGCCACGUCGAUCAAAUCUGCUUCUUAUCUGCUCGUCUUUCCCUCGCGAAGUGCUCAGAUCUUCACCCCGUCAUCUCGUCUUUGUUUCAGCUCGUCUUCGCCGCGCUCCAUCCCACAUCGACGUCCAUUCUCCACUUCCCCAUUCCAGGAACCUCGGAAGGCCUCGACUGGCUGGGCGAUCACGUUCACAGUUCUUCUUGUCUGUGGAGGAGUCUGGCUACAGGAUAAAUAUCGUGCCUUCAGAUCCGAAUCACCUCAAUUGACCGCCCCCGAACCCAAGUUGCUUGAAGAACAAGACAUCUUUCUCGGCGUAAUCGACACCCUCAAGACCAUGUCUACCGAAGCCGCCCCCGGAACCGUGGGCAACCUCACCCCGGAACAAGAGGUCAAGCUUCAGGAGUUCUACGUCCUCUUGUUCAAGGUGUGUGGUGUCCAGACGGACGGCAUUGAAGAAACCGAAGAGCGUCCUCCUAGUCCCGUACAAGAAAAGAAGCCACCACCCAAGAAAAGAUGGACGUUGUGGGGUGGCUCUCAGGAACCGGAGCCCGCAUCAACGAGUAGCGCUACAACCGGACUCGCUUCACUCAGUAUCACUGAUGGAGAUGACAAGUUCGGCACGUCGAAGGAGUUCCAGCAGGCUCUUGCCGAGAUCAAACCCGAGGACCUGCGGACUGCGUUCUGGAACAUGGUCAAGCAGGAUAACCCGGAUAGCUUGUUACUGCGUUUCUUACGGGCACGGAAGUGGGACGUAAAGAAAGGGCUGAUGAUGUUGAUUUCAACUAUCCGCUGGAGAUUGCAAGAUGCAAAGGUGGACGAAGACAUCAUGGUCAAUGGCGAACAUCUUGCUUUGGAACAGCUCAAGAGCAAGGAUCCUGCCGAGAAAAAGAAGGGCGAAGAUUUCAUGAAGCAAUUCCGCCUAGGCAAGAGUUUCCUUCACGGUGUCGAUAAGAAUGGUCGCCCGAUCUGCUAUGUUCGAGUCCGCUUGCACCGUGCUGGCGAUCAGAACACUGAUGCUCUGGACCGAUUUACUGUGUAUACCAUUGAAACUGCACGGAUGAUGCUUGCUCCUCCAGUUGAAACUGCUUGUGUCAUUUUCGAUAUGACGGACUUUGCACUUGCAAACAUGGACUACCACCCCGUUAAAUUCAUGAUUAAGUGCUUUGAGGCCAACUAUCCAGAGUCCUUGGGAGUAGUACUCAUCCACAAAGCUCCUUGGAUCUUCUCCAGUAUCUGGAACGUUAUCAAGGGCUGGCUUGACCCCGUCGUCGCUGCAAAGAUCCAAUUCACCAAGAACGCCGAUGAACUCGAGCAAUUCAUCCCCAAGUCACGCAUCAUCAAGGAGCUCGAGGGUGACGAAAACUGGGAAUAUAAAUACGUUGAGCCCAAGGAGGGCGAGAACGAAAAGAUCAAGGAUACCGCCAAACGCGAUGAACUACUUGCCGAGCGCCAAAAGCUCGCCAAGGAGGUCGAAGAGCUGACAGUCUCUUGGAUCGUCGCCGCCAGAAAGAAGGAGGAAAGCAACACCAAGGAGAUCACUGAGAAGAGAAACGACCUCAUUGAGCGUCUACGCACCCAGUACUGGCAAAUGGAUCCUUACGUCCGUUGCACCGGUCUAUAUGACCGACUAAACAUCCUCCAGGGCGGCGGGAAGAUCGAAUUCUACCCCGAGUCUACUAAGGAGAAUGAGGCUCCUAAGGGAAACGGAACUAAUGGCGAGGCUACGAAGGCCGAGUGAGAUAGGUCGUCAAGGAAAUAGCAUCGUUGCUUGUCCUUAUUUUUAUUUCAUUGGAAUGUCAUUAAUAGAGAGCUGUCUUGGCUGUUUCUCCAUCAUGUUGCCUUUUGUUCCUGUAC